AUGGUUCGCAUCUCCCAUGUUAAGUCCAAUUCCCCUUGCAUUUUCCUGGGUGAUUUCAAUGCCAUAAGAUAUCGUCAGGAAAAAGUAGGGGGCUCUUCGGUUUGGUCUAAUGAGAAUGAAGAAUUUAACACAUAUAUUAACUCAUCUGAUUUGACUGAUCUCUCGUAUGGUGGUUGUCAAUUUACUUGGGCUAAUAAAAGAGCUGAUGGUGACUAUAUUGCUACUAAAAUUGAUAGGGUGUUAGUUAAUGAGGACUGGCUGGUCAAAUACCCUGAAUCUAGUGCUUCUUUUCUACCAUCUGGUAUUUCUGACCACUCACCUGCUGUUGUUAAUAUAAGUGAGACCAAAACAUCUUUUAAAAAACCUUUCAAAUACUUUGAUUUUUGGUCUAAGCAUCCUGAUUUUCUGAAUUGUGUGUCUGCUACCUGGGAUCAAUUUAUUAGAGGUGUUCCUAUGUUUAGGGUUUGUCAAAAGCUGAAACAGCUCAAAACUGCCCUCAAGCUGUUGAAUAAAAAAGAUUACAAUAUGUUCUAUACCAACCUUUUUGGCUCACCCUUUGCGAACCAGUAUAAUGGCCUUGAUAGGAUUAAAUCUUUGGUGAAAACUAAAGUUUCUGUGUCUCAGUAUGCUAUGCUUGCUAUGCCUAUUUCUGAUGCUGAGAUUAAGGAUGUUUUUUGGUCCCUCAAGCCUAAUAAGGCCCCGGGUCCUGAUGGUUAA